AGCCGCAGGAAGCUGUCAAUGCAAUACAUACAGUUCAUCAGAUCCCAUCGUCCAGGCCCCGUGUGCAUAUACACAACGAGCACGCACUACCCAAUGGAUCAAGCGCGACUCACCUGACGCAGAUCAGCAGGCAGAGGGAGGUGGUUGAUCAAUCGGGUUGGGACUUGGGAUGGCGGUAGUAGCGAUAUCGUGGUGGCCGCUGUCGCCGUGGUUCAGCCCCACCGCGGCGUGGUUCAUCUUCUUCAACGCCGUCGUCUGCGCCAUCGCCGUCAUGUCCUGGGGGCAGAAUGGCCAUGCGCCGUCCAGGCGGAAGCUCUGCCGCAGCGCGUCGUCCAUGGUCCUUGAUCGGCUCCGGUCCUUCUCCAUCUUCUCCGUCCAACCCGCUGCCGGCGGCAUCACGGGGGCGCCGCUCGUCGGCGGUGCUGAUGUCUCGGACUCGGACGACUACUACUACUGCUGGCGAGAUGCAGAGGAGGCGCCAGCAUCUCGGGUCACUCAGGUGUGCACGCUGGCCCCAGAGACGCCAAGGCCGACGCCAGGGGUGGACAAAGAAAGUGGGAUGCCUGCUGCAACGGCACUAGCUGAGGACGACGCGGCGUCGGCGUCGUCAUCAGAGAGCGAGGAGGAGGACGCGGAUGCAGAGGAGCAGCAGGAUACGUCCAUCAGCAUGGAUCAGGCCUACGCGCUAGCCCAGCAGCGUCGUCCGCAGCAGACACCGUCGCCACCAGCUUCUGCCUCUGUCGCUACCGCCGAGGCUACCACUGCUGCGGCUAGGCCAAGGAAGGGGGAGCCGGCGAAGGCAACUCAGCGGCGCACGCGCGCGCGCCAGCGGGAAGCAGAGGAGGUGCUGAAUGGGAAGGCGGAAUUGAACGCGAGAGCGGACCUGUUCAUCCGGCAGUUCCGGGAGGAGCUCAAGCUGCAGCCCCUCAACUCCAUCCUCAGCCACACCCACGCCGUCGGCCCCCGCGCGAGCACACCAACGGCGGCGCGGUAGCCGUCGAGCUCCUCACGGCAGGCUCUGGUGGUUCAAUUAGUCUUGUCUGUUUAUGUAGUCUGUAGAGUGAGUAUUGAUUUGUUUGUUGGGAACGAUUCAGAAACACAGUUUUGGACUGGAUUACAGCAUUUUUUAGUGAGAA